CACUGUUAUUUUCGAAGGUGACGUGUGCCCUAUUUAGUUUCACGUAGAAUUUCUUUCGUAAUUUAAGUUUUGCUGUGCUAUUAAAAGCACUGCUCAUAAAAAAUCAUGUUAAAAUACGGUAUAUUUCUAGUAUUAUUGUGUAUUCUCGAAUAUGGUACAGGACUCUAUUUUCACAUUGCUGAAACUGAACGAAAGUGUUUCAUGGAAGAUAUUCCAGAUGAAACAACUGUUUUAGUAAAUUACAAAGUUGAAUUAUAUGAUCCAAGAACCGGUGGAUUCGCUCCGAGCAGCCCGGGAAUGGGAAUGCACGUGCAAGUUCGAGAUCCAGAUGAUAAAACGAUUCUUUCCAGAGUGUAUAGUUCAGAAGGAAGAUUUUCUUUCACUUCUUUCAUGCCUGGAGAGCAUAUAAUUUGCUUAUAUUCUAACACUAGUUCUUGGUUCAGUGGUGCUCAAUUAAGAGUGCAUUUGGACAUUCAAGUUGGUGAACAUGCUAUUGAUUAUUCUAAUACAGCUCACAAAGAAAAAUUUACUGAACUACAAUUAAGGAUACAUCAACUUCUUGAUCAAGUGGAACAAAUAACAAAGGAACAAAAUUAUCAGAGGUAUCGAGAAGAACGUUUCAGGCAAACAUCUGAAAGUACACAUCGCCGUGUAUUCUGGUGGUCUCUAAUACAAACUGUGAUUGUAUUGAUUAUGGGUACAUGGCAAAUGAGACAUUUGAAAAGUUUCUUUGAAGCUAAGAAACUAGUAUAAGAUCAAAACUAAUAAUUCCAAUAAUAUUAGUCAUUUAAAAAAUGAACUUUUUCUUGUUAUCCUCAAUAUAAGGAAUCCUCAAUAUAAUUUAUUUUAAAAAAAAGAAAAAAAUAGAAGAAAAAAAAUAUAUUUACUAAUUCAUUUUCUAUCAUUUGUAUUUAUCAUAUAUUAUAAUUUAGGCUUUUUCAUACUUGUUGAAUAACUAAUGUAUUUCUGGAGAAUCGAUUUUUAAAUGUAGUAAAAAAAUAAUGUAUAGAGUGAAUUUUCAUCAAAAUAAAAUAUUAAUUUUCAAAAAAA